CCUGACCCAUCCCGGCGCUCCCGGAGGACUGAGCCCACCCGGUGCCGGUACCAGCGCCCACCCCAGCGCCCUGCCGCACCAUGCACCCUGCGGCGCUGCCGCUGGCUCUGUGCACCCUGGGUGUCAUCGCAGGGCAGCUGGGAGCUUCCUUCGAGUUGUCGGUCGAGCCGGCGGUGCUGGUGGUGGAACACGGCGGAUCGGUCCGGUUGAAGUUGAAGACGACGUGCCAGGAUCCCAAAGCAUCCGGCAACGUAGAGACGUCAAUUCUGAAGCGGUUGGUGACGACGGGGCCGGGGGAGACGGUGGUGGAGCUGCUCAACGUCACCGUGUGGAAAUCCAGCAUCCUCUGCUACUACGUUUGCAACCAGAAGAGGAUGACGGUGCCCAUCAACCUCACCGCCUACCGUAAGGCACCAUGGGGAGAGGGGGUCCCUGCCCACGCCGGUACACCGGGAUCAUCCCCGUCACGCUGCAUCUUUCCCCCAGGUGUGCCAAAGCCAGCGGCGCUGGAGUCAAUACCGCAGCUGGUGGUGGGUAAAAGCCAAGAGCUGGCAUGCAACGUGUCCGACGUCGCGCCGAUCCAGAACCUGACGGUGAUCCUGUGGCGGGGCGGUGAGGUGCUGCACGCCGAAACCUUCGAGCAGCACAGCCAAGACGAGCCGGUGGCGGUGCGGGUGACCCACUUGCUGACGGCACAGCGCCAGGACAACGGGCAGAACAUCACCUGCCAGGCACUGCUCAACCUGGCACCCUACGGCCCGCGCUUCUCCACCACCUCAGAGCCGCAGACGUUGAACGUGUACGAAUUCCCUGAGGAUCUCAGGCUGGAGCCUGACAUCUACCUGGAGACCGGCGAGAUGGUGAACACCAGCUGCACCGUUGACCGCGUCUUCCCAGAGGCAGAGUUCAAGCUGGAGCUCGCCAACCGUACCCUGCCGCUCUCCACCAGCCCGGAUGGGCACCAGGCCACCGCCGAGGUGUCCCACAGCCAGCCGGGGAACUUUAGGCUGGUUUGCACCGUGACGGUGGGAGGCAGAGAGCGGUGGAAGGAGGCGACCGUCCACGUCUACCGUUUCCCUUCGCCGCAGCUGAACGUCAGCACCACCAGCCCGGCAGCCGGCACGGCGGUGACGGUGGGCUGCGCUUUGCCGCGCGGCCACUCUGCCGAACUCCGGCUGCGGAUCCGUGCCGGCAACCGUGAGUUGGCAGGGUGGGGACCGUCCCCGCUGCUCUUCAACCUCAUGACGCAGGAGGAAGACGAUGGGAUGGAGCUGAGCUGUGAUGCCAAGCUACCUGUCCGUGACAAAGCCCCGAAGACGAGCACACCCAUCCGGCUCACCGUCAACGCUGGACCCCGGAUGGAUGAUGGGAGCUGCCCCCCCAGCCAGAACUGGACGGAGGGGCAGGAUGAGACCCUGCGCUGCUCGGCACGGGGCAAGCCCUCGCCCAGCCUGGAGUGCACCAAGAACGGCGAGCCCUUCCCCACCGGGGUGCCGCAGCCGGUCACCCGCGCCCACGCCGGCAUCUACCAGUGCCGGGCCACCAACCCGCUGGGUACAGCCGUCCGGAACGUCACCGUGUGGGUGGACUACCGUGACCCCGACGUGGUGCUCCUGGUGCUGCUGCCAGCGGUGGUGCUGGCCGCCCUGAUCGCCGGCGGGAUGGGCUACCGCAUUUACUACCACAAGAAGAAAAUCCGGGAGUACCGGCUGCAGGAGCGGCAGAAGCAGCUGGAGAUGGAGCAGCGGCGGACAGCGGGAUGCUCAGAGGAGACGGCCGCGCUCAACGGUUCGGCGCAGGAGGCUCAACCGUAGCCGGGCAGAGGCGGCGGAGGGGCCGGCAGCCCCCUGCCCGUCCCACUCCCCUGCCCGUGGGCAAGCGCCCCGGCAAGGGCUGAGCGCCGUGGCUGCCGGCUCCCUCCGAGUGAUGUGACGGUGACAUCGGGGACAGGGUGGGAGCCGCAGUGGGAUGGUGGACACUACGGUGAGACGGCGCCGGCCGCCACUGUUGCCACAGGAAGGUGACAGCUCUGAGAUGGGGAUGCGCCAGGCUGGCACACACUUGGGAUGUCGGUGGGGCGAGGCGCUUCUUGCCCCCCAUCGUGGAGACGCUCCUUUUCUCUCCGAACUUUAUCCCUUGGGAGACCUGAAGCCGGUGACAGCGGGGCCGGGCGUCUUGGUGCCCCGUGGGGAGAAGCCGGGCUGAAUCCCAGGAUUUUGGUGCCGGGGCCGCGUUGGCACCAAUACUGGCGGGAGGGCGAGGAGGUGGAGCGGAGGGAGAUGCAGCCAUCGGAGAGGCUGGAAGACGCUGUCACGACAUGGUGCACCAAUAAACACUGUUGACAGCAGC